UCGAAAGCCAUGACGCGGAAACCAUCGGGCGCCGCCGUCUUCUUCGGCGCGAUUGUGGUCGGGGCUGCGGGCGUGAUCUACUACGUGCAUGACCUGCAAAAGCGCGAGAAGAAGGAAAUGCGGGCUGGAGUCAUCCGCGACAUCAAGCGCGAUCGGCAGCGUCAACAACAAAGCACCGACUCGACGUAAUCCAGCAAAACUUGGACUCUUUCGUUAACUUAAGCGCUGUCGUCACACGCAUGUCCUUUCGACA